ACUCAACAGGUCAAAGACCAGAAUCGCGAAAGUCAGCGCCGAUCAAGAGCACGGCGCCUCGAACUCAUCAACGACCUCAAGAACCAGGUGCAAGACUACCAGCGGCGAGGUGCAUCCGCCUCUCUAGAGAUGCAGAGGCUCGCCCAAGCAGUGACUCACGAGAACCAGCGAUUACGAAGCCUUCUGAGCGAGCGUGGUGUUUCCCAGGAGGAGAUUCAGCAGUACUUGUCGUCCUCUCCGGCCGCCCUGCUCAAGACACCAGAUGUCUUGUACUCGCAUGAACCGGCCUCUUUCAGGUGCGAGGCUUGCGGCAGCGCGUCCGUCUUUCGAGAAGCCCUACCGGCUGUUACGAUAGAGAAACGAGCGGACAGUUGUGCAAGCUCUCCGCAGACGGCUCCCGGGGCUCCUGGGUCUAUGGCCUCGUCUUGCACAUCGCCAGAGACGACUUACAAUGGAAGUUCGACGGCUGCUGACGCAGCAGCAUCCAAUUUACCGUCAGUAUCCCCUACCGAUGACAUGGAGACAUCCUGCGAUACCGCGGCAUCGAUCCUCGUGGACCUCCAUCACCACGUCGACCCUCAGCGAGCCCGCGCUGCCCUCGGCUGCAAAGGAUCGAGCAGCUGCACGGUCAGCAACAUUAAGAUCUUUCAGCUCCUGGACAAUUUCCCAGAGUGA